CAGCAGCAAACCAAUUUAAGAUGGUCUCCUCCCAGAGGCAGUUUUUGCUCCCGAUCCUGGGGCUCCUGGCCUUGGCCGGCACAGCUCUCAGUGGAGUCCAGGAGGUGCACAAUGUGCUCGAGCUGACGGGUCAAUCGGUCAACAAGCUGAGGUUCUCCACGGAUGUGGCCACCGACAAGUACACCCCGCCGGAGGAGAUGGAUGCCCAGUUCUGGUACGACAUUGCCGACGAGGAGAUCACCAAGCGGCUGCAGCUGCCACAACCCAAUGCGAAGAAGGCCAAGAACAUUAUUUUGUUCCUCGGCGAUGGUAUGCCACUCGCCACCGUGGCAGCUGCUCGCAUCCUGAAGGGACAGCGCCAGGGAAACACCGGUGAGGAGUCCUCGCUGAGCUUCGAGCGAUUCCCCUACACUGGCUUGAGCAGGACCUACUGCACCAACGCCCAGGUGCCCGACUCCGCCUGCACAGCCACCGCUUACUUGUGCGGCGUGAAGACCAAUAUCGUCAACAUUGGAGUCAGUGCCGCCGUGGAGUAUAAUAACUGCACCGCCAGUCAGGAUCCGGCCAACCGCCUGACCUCCAUUGCCGAGUGGGCCCAAAACGCAGGGAAAUCCACCGGUAUUGUGACCACCACCACUCUGACCCACGCCAGUCCCUCGGGAGCCUAUGCCAAGACGGCCAACCGGAUGUGGGAGUGCGAUACGGAUGUGACCAGCUAUGGAGCAGACGCCAGCACCUGCAUCGACAUGGCCACCCAACUGGUGACCCAGACGCCGGGCAAGAACUUCGAGGUCAUGUUCGGCGGCGGAAUGGGCAAGUUCCUGCCCAGCAGCAUCGUGGAUAGUCACGGAAAGGCUGGCGAGCGAUCAGAUGGAGUGAACCUGCUGUCCCGCUGGCAGGGACUUCACGAUGGCGGCGUCCUGGUCACCAACCGCAAUCAGCUGCUCAAGUUGAACGUCUCGGCCGUGUCCAGCGUCAUCGGACUCUUCCAAUCGAAGUUGAUGGACUUCCACCUGGAGGCGGAUGACUCCUACCAGCCCACCCUUUCGGAACUCACCGAGGUGGCCAUCAAGAAACUGAGCCAGAACGAGAACGGAUACUUUGUGUUUAUCGAAGGUGGUCUCAUUGACUAUGGCAACCACUAUACAAAGGCCGGUUAUGCUUUGGAUGAGGCCCUGGAGUUCGAGAAGGCCAUUCAGUUGGCCCGCGACAUGACCGACAUCGAGGACACGCUGAUUGUGGUGACCGCCGAUCACGGACACGCCGUCAGCAUAGCCGGAUAUCCUGGCAGAGGAACUCCCAUCCUGGGCAUCAAUCAGCACGACACCGAUAUCAAUGGAGUCAAGUACUCGGUGCUCAAUUACGCUGCAGGACCUAAUCAGUAUCUGGAUGAGACUGGCCAGCGUAUUCCCUUGGACGAUAUCCUAGGUGCCGAUGACGCCAUCACGCCCAGUUACAUCGCCAAGGAUCAAGGCGUGCACUCCGGCGAGGAUGUGGGCAUCUUCGCCUCCGGUCCCCAGAGCCACCUUUUCACCGGAAUGAUGCAGCAGAGCACCAUUCCCCACCUGAUGGCCUACGCCUCGUGCAUUGGAAGCGGUCAGAAGGUGUGCGACAACUUAGAGUAACGUAGAUAAA